CUUCACACUACAGUAGAGGUAGGGGCACACUCGCACAUUGACCAACGCUUCCCUUCAGUGCGGGACACGGCAUGAUGGCGGCCCUCCUCCCAAGCCGUGAGCGACGACGGUACCUGCAGGAGGACUUGAACUCUCCCAGGGGCACUCACUGUCCCCAUCCACAGUCCGUCAGACGCCAUUUUAUACCGUGGUCCCGUCCCGUCUCCAUGGCACGCAGUUCAGUCUUGUCUCUUUACGAGAAAGGUUGUGUCUGUCGUCUGUCCUAUUUGCAAACCAAGACAAAAAAGAAGAGAAAAAAGUCACAGCGAACAGCGAUCAUGAUGGAGUGGAUCUCACAAACCACGCACCUCUUCCUCGUGCUCCUAUUCGGGCUUUCAACGGCCAAAGUUUUCCGGUCCACCCCGUCCUUUUUCCCGAGUUCCCUUCCAUCGGCCCUCUCACAACUUCUCUCACACUGUCCAGCUCUCCUAGCCAGACACACUACCUACGAUACAAUAACCCCCCGUGACCCAGGGUUCGGUCGGAUACCUGCCCGACUUGGCGACCCAUCCAGGCCCCGUUUGCACCAGUUGACCCCUAAUCCCAGGUCCCGGACGGACUCGACCAUUCAGAUCAGAGACACUGCUUUAGCUCCCCAGGGUUACCUUACCACUGGAAAGAACGGCACUGAUCCGACUGCCGCCAGGCCUGUUGGUGAGCGAGAUCCUCUCCUCUGUUCCUGAGCUAGACAGUACCGAAAGAAGGUC